CCUCUCAUGAGUGAGAGAGAGAGAGAGAGAGAGAUGGCAUUAGCAGCAAAUAACGUCCAUGGAUUCUUCUCUCCGAGCUUCUUUUGCGCAAACCCCCCCAAACAAACUCGUAUUACCUCCCCCUUUCCUUCUAUUUCUCUCCCCGUUCCCUCAAAGCCACCCUCCUUUUGCAGGUUGCUGAUUUCCACUCGCAGAGGGAAGCCCAGAAUCAUCAGCUGCUCUAAUGGCAAGAAUUUUGGGGGAGACAGCUCUUCAUCCAAGGAAUCAUCCUUUGAUUUAAAGCUUCCACGAAGAAGUUUGCUCGUACAAUUUACGUGCAAUGCAUGUGGGGAAAGAACAGAACGCACCAUAAACAGAGUAGCAUACGAACGGGGUACUGUCUUUGUACAGUGUGCAGGUUGUUUGGCAAAUCACAAACUGGUUGACAACCUUGGACUUGUGGUUGAGUAUGAUCUUCGAAAGGAAAUGGAUGCGGAUAUAAAUGGUACUCACCAAGCUUGAUGGCAAGUUCUCUAAUCAGAAAUUUUCAGGCUUUAUGAUCAGAGUCAGCAUGUGAGAUUAGAAUCCAGAUCCAGUAAACUAAUUGGUUUCGAGCUUGGAUUCCAGUGAAGUCUGAAUUUUCUUGUCAUAUUGAGUUUGAUCCAGUAUCUGUUAUCAGGUCUCAUAUUGUACGUUCAUAUGUACUGUUCCUGUCAUGAAAAUGACCUUCUGUAACAGGAAGCAGAACAUAAGUUUGAAGGCGAAUUAUCGAAAUUUCAAGUAGCCUGUUCAUGAUUACGCCUUGUGAUAUUUGUUGUUCAUCCCUGAUACAAAUAAGAUCUAGUUGCAAACUCAUUGACAGAAGGUAACUCAUUCUACAUAUGGCAAUUAAACUAUUUGUAACUACAAGGAAGAAGCCAUAUUCUCCAUCUUCUACAUUGUUUUGCUAAUUUGUCAAUUAUCAAAGGGCUCGGAUUUGCAAAUCUCAUAACAAGUGUGAUGACAAACAAGAACACAAGUUCACCUUGUACUUUGUUUUACAAAUUCAUCAAGUAUUUUCCUUA